AUGGCGCACAUUCAGUACAUGGACAGUUUGAUCCGAGAAUAUAUUCUGUUUCGUGGAUUUUCCAACACUCUGAAGGUGUUCGAAAGCGAGCUGAAGGGUGAUAAGGACAAAAGUUUCCGUGUUGAUAAAGUGAUCGACCAGAUAAUGCUGCUGAUACACAAUCACGAUCUACUCGGAUUGCGAGACUUGUGGGCGAAUCUGAAUAAUCAUUUGUUCCGCAAUUUGGAGCACCAUUUCGCCACCGCGGUCAUCAAACUGGAGCAAUCACUGCUGAAAUUCUACCUUAUCGUGGCGUACACAUCGAACAAGGCUGAUAAAAUAACCGAAUUUUUUACCAAACUAUCACCCGAACUGGUCACCCAGACGGAAUGGAAGGAGUGGUUCUUUUUCCCGUUUUGUAAAAAUCCAGAGGAUCACGCAGCGUUUGCCGUGUGCUUCACGAAGCAGUGGCAGGACACGCUGCUCAUUUCGCUGCACAAUUUUCUCUCCACCAUUUAUCAGUGCAUGCCACAGCCCGUCUUAUCGAAGGCCGAAUCGGAGGGUUGUUUGAUAAAAAAGCUGCAAGAGGAGAACGCCGCCUUACGCAGCAAAUUGGCCAGCAUCCAGCAGCAGCAACAGCAGUACCUUCAGUCGACCGGAUCCGGUAGUCAUCAUUCGCGGCUUAGUGCAUCAUCCAGCACUGAUCAGCGUCUCACGGCAGACGGACGGAUUCGCUACUCGACCCGAUCGUCGUCCAGCAUGCAGUCGUUGAGCGAUCUGCAACCCUUUGGCAUUCCGCCUCCGACACACAUCGUUGAUGAUUUUUACAUCAUUGCACAGGAAUCGAACAGCAUAGGGAAUGCGGCGGAAAAUCAGGCCCGGGGUCUAAAAUCGUUGAUCAGAAACAUCAGCUCAGGUGGAAGUCCCGUUCUCGGGCGACGUGAUACGGCUCUCGAGCGGAACAAGAAACGGUCCGGAAGUGUGGGAAGUCGCAGCAAUUGGAUCCAUAGUUAGACAGACGGUGGUGUGUCAGGCACAUAACUUACACAACAUAUAUACCAUUUCGCGAAAUGAAACCAUUUUAUAAUAUUGUACAAAUAUUAACGGAUCGAAUAAUAUAGCCAAUAUGAUAUCAGUUUGAACGCAAAGUUGAGUUGGAUUUUAAGAAAAUUGCCCAGUCUAUCCAUGUUGU